ACGGCUACUUAGUCCUUAGAUAAAGUACACUAGGAUGAAAGUCGCAGAAAAGUUAUUAGUCAUUCCCAAGUUUGCGAGACGGUUUUGAAGUUCAGCCUUUUUGGCAACGCGUUUUUGAGCUCGUUAACAAAUGUUACUUUUAGUCCGCGUUCGAUUUUUGUCAUACUGGAGAGUAUGACUUCCCAAAUUGACUCAAAAUAUGUGUUUCCAGAGGAUGUACGUCCACAACCACUGAAUAAUUUUACAACACAGGAGACCUGCUUGCCUUUCAGCGUGGAAGCGCUUAUUUCAGACAAGAGCCCACGUAUACGACCGGGAAAUGUUGACACAACGAGGAAAGGUUGUUAUCCGACUAAAAUACGGUCUCCUGCCUCAAACGAGUUACCACAACGCGUUGUGCGAGACGCUCCAGUCAAAUCUCAGUCGUUGGAAAGGGGAGACUGCACGCCUUGGAUGACCCGCUCGGAGAUCCCUACACCGCCCCGGCAGCUCAGUCCAACAGUGUGUUCUUUGAGAAAACACAAGACCAACCGGAAGCCUCGCACUCCCUUCACCACCUCCCAGCUCCUGGCCCUGGAGAGGAAGUUCCGCCAGAAGCAGUACCUGUCCAUCGCCGAGCGGGCCGAGUUCUCCUCCGUGCUGACCUUAUCCGAGACCCAGGUGAAGAUCUGGUUCCAGAACCGCAGAGCCAAAGCCAAGCGACUCCAGGAGGCAGAGGUGGAGAAGCUGAAGAUGGCCGCCUGUGUAGGGGGAAAAGCCGUGUUCCCGAGCUCAUGCUACUCGUCUUCCUCUGCUCCUUUCCCUUUCCGCGUUCCCCCGCAGCUGGGGUCAUCUCUGCUGUAUGGACACAGCUUUUCAUACGCACGCACUCCCAUCAUGCCCGCUGCCGCCGCCGCCGCACAUCUGGCUAUGUUCAGAGCCCCGUUGGGAUUCAACCUGUUCCACCUCUCCUGAGACCAGGGGACACACGUGGGGGGUCUGGUGCCUGAACCAGCACCCAGCCGUGAGGACUAGCAAUAUGCUCAUUGGAUAUAGGGAUAUUAUGGAAUUAUGCACCUUAGUAGAGAUUCUAUUGGCCUCAUCACUUUAUCCAAAGAGGACCCAUAGGUGGAUUUGAAUCUGCAUGUACAUGACCUGUCUUUUUCUAUGUUUGUUUUAUUAUAAAAUUAUACACAGUUCAAUUCACAACCUCUGGGUUCCUCCAGGUUGGAUUGAAGGACUAUGAAACCCGGCCAGCAGCAAUGAGAUUCUCUUCCUGUACAGAAGAGUUCUGCAGCCAUGGGAACUACGGUAAUGGAGUUCAAAUUGAUUUUGGGCCCCUGUAUUUGAUAAUUUCAUUCAAUGCCAGAUUAAGUUUAUACAGCCUUAAUCCUCUGCUGUUUAAUGUACAAUGCAGUCCUAGCAUUGUACAUUAAACAGCAGUACGGUGGGCCUCUUCCAUCCAUUUGUUUACUGUUACUUAGUGGAAAGACUAUGUUUUCAUAAAGUCCCCUAAAUCAUGAACUUCGAUUACUAAAUAUACUGUGGCUUGUCAAGUGUAGGUAUGCAAUUUAUUAUUCCAAAAUUAAAUCUAAAAGCCAUUCAUAUUUUUUUUCUUUUGAAAACGCAAUCAAGCAAGUGGGUCUUGCUUUACUUUUUAUUGUUCUUAAUUUUGGAAAAUGUAGUUGGAGAAAAACAUUCCUGUUGAUUCAUGUUGGCUUAAAAUGUCCGCCGGUCAAUGAUUACAAUCCCCUCCGAUAAAGUAACAACACUUGAACAAUAUUAAACCAGCCAGUACAAAGAAAAGUAUAUUAGUAAAUAAAUUAUUAAAUCAUAUAUUAAAGCAAAUCGUGAAUUUACGCAGACUUGAGGUUUUACGUCUUUGACCUCUGGAGUCCUGAGGGGGUGCAGGCCAGCGAAGGGCUUGCAGGUCUUAAUGCUGCGGUCAAUUGCAGAAAUGAAAGGAUCCACAAGGCAAGUUUUUUUUUUUAAUUUUACUUCUUUUGUGGGUUUUUUUUGUUGUCUCUUUUUUUUUUAUUUCAUCUAUUAAUAAUCAAUUGAUAAUCAUUAAUUGAUUAAUAACCAUGUUUUUUAUUGCUUGCAGGUUCGAAAUAAAGACAAUCAAUCAAUCAAAGCAUAAGUUACUAAGCUAUUUAGCUUAUUAAUCGCCUUUAAGGGUUUACACAAGAAUGUGGUUAAGCAUGGCUCAAACCGUGACUGACACAAUGUUAACGCAGUUUGGAGCUUUUGUUUCAGGGAUCGCCUGGGUGGCCAAGUAUGUCCAUUAUAUGGCUAAAGCUUUGAAUAAUAUCCACAGGAAGUGUUAACAUGUCUGAGAAUGACUUAAUUCCAAACAUGUGUUCCCAUAUUUCGCAUUUGGAUAUCAACAGAAAUAGGGUUUGACAUCCCCGGGAAUUUUCGGCAUGACUGCUAUUAAUUUUCAGGUGGAAACAUGUUUUAUUGUACUCGCUCCCAUUGUUAUUUCACUCCCUGACAUAUUUCCAGGGUAAAUGUCAAACAGUCUCUGGCUUAAUUGUGCUUGACCUGUGAUUUUGGUUGCAAAACAGCAUGUAAAAUGAUGUGUAGACUAAAUGGGAAAAUUGUGAUUUGUUUUUCCUAUUUCUCUCAGCCCCUUAAUAACUUAACUAUUGUUUCCAUUUGCUUAUAUUUCAAAGGCCAUUUCCUCCCCUCAAAUUGGAAAUUAAACCAAGCGUUAAACUGG